AUGCCCUGGCUGUCCCCUCUGCAUUCGCCGGCUGAAUCGCCGCGCAUCCAAAACCUCACAGCCCCAACAUCGUCGUCUCCGAUAACCUACAUACCGCCGCUGAUCGACGGCGCGUGCGGCACCGUCCCCAGGGCGCAGAAGCAGCCCCUGUCACAAAGCCUGAGCAGCGAUGCCUUUCACCUGGUGAAGCUGCUGCCCGAGCUCGCCCUGUCUGCUUGGGAAGGCCUGUUCGCCAACGAGCACGCCGCGAUCGGGGAAGAGAAUGCAGGCUCCCGGUGGGGCGAGCUUGCCGACUUGGUUCUGCAGCUGGCCGUGUCGGCUGUUGAGCUCAACAUCCUCUUCUUCGCCACGCCUAUAUGGCUUUUCCUCCCUGGUGUGUUCUUUGCUGGUUGGCUGCUCCCCAUGCUGUGCGUGAUCUGGGGAAUCGCGCGUCUGCUGAAUGCCGGAGAGUCCAUCUACUGCCAGCCUCGGCCUGCACAGCCCGAGUCGGUGGGUAGGGCUCCGAGAAGCAGUAUCUGGUCGACUCACAAUAGCGAGGGAGAGGAUGAACGCUGGUUCUUUGUUGCUGGGAUGAGUCUCAGCCCACGCACAACCAAAAACACCACGCUCCCCCUCCUAGCCCGCCUCUUCAACCGCCCCAUAACCGCCCUCCUGCCCAAAACCUACGGCCUCCCGGUAGACCUCGCCCUCCUCCCGCUCGGGCGCGCCAUCCCCGCGCUGUCGCCCAACACGCUCCUCUACAACACCAUCCGCUCCGCGCUGCAGGACAACAAGGCCAACAGGGUGGUCGUCCUGGCCCACAACGCAGGCGCCAUCCAGACCUCGCGCGUGCUCUCGCACCUCUGCGCCGACCUGCCCCCCGACAAGCUCUCCAAGCUCGAGGUCUACACUUUUGGCGCCGCAGCCGCAGAGUUCGUCCUCCCGCUGGGCGACGGCAGGGGCGCCGCCGAGUCGUCGGGCGCCACCUCGCCCGCCCUGCUGAGCCCCGGCGCAGGACCGCACGCUACUGCCGCGGCGUCCGAGGCGAUUGCGCGCCGGCCCGGUCCGCACAUUGAGCACUUUGCGCACGCGCGCGACCCCUUUGCGCGGAUCGGCGUGCUGCGCAGCGUGAGGGAGGACUUGGAUGGGCGGUUCUGCGGCGGCGUCUUUGUCGUCAACGGGCCGGGGCCGGUGUUGAGCGGCGGUGGUGGCCGUGGCGGCGGGCGGGCCUGGGGUCCUCAUCACCACCACGCGGGCACCGCCAGGCCGCCAUCGCCGCUGUACCUGCCCGCCCUCGGCGUCAGCAGCGCCGCCGCGUACAAGCGCGAGUUUCUCGACACCACACCAGCGACCCCAGCCCCCGCGCCACCAUCAAAACGAGCCUGGACGAGGCGGCUGCUGACGAGAAUAACCCCAUCUGCCCUGCCGCUGGUCGGCCGCCUCGCGUCGCUGAUGCCCUCGGCGCCGCCCGUGGUCGGCCUGCACGGCUACCUCGCGGCGCUGUUCCCCGAGCAGGUGGCGACGCUGGCCAACUGCGACCGCGCGAGCGUGCUGGACAGCAUCAUGACCAUUGAGCGCGACGUGGCCGAGAAGCGCGAGUUCGCCGCCAUCGCCUCGCACGCCUCGUCCACCAGCCUGGCCGCCGUGCAGUCUUUUACCACGACCAGCAGCAGUGGCAGCAGCAACAACAACAACAAGACCAGCGCGAGGGAUAAGCGGGUCAGCUGGACCGGGCUUGGCGCCACCGUCAACGGCGUCACUGGGGUGGGGAGCGGCGGCGGUGGCAAUGCCAACAAUAGCAGCAGCAGCAGCAGCAGCAUCAGCAGCACGCACCUGGACGGCAUCAUCGGCCUCGAGAUUGCCCGCCAGGGGUGUAGGGAUUGCCAAGGUCACCGAGGGAGAGAGGUGAGCCGCCUGGUGCACUUCGUCGACGUCGGCGUCGGCAUGGGCGGCGCCGUCGCUGCAGCUGCGGGUGGCGGCGGUGUUGGCGUCAUCGGUCCGAAUGGGCCCGGGUUGGGUGUCGCGGUGAAGGAUGUCACCAAGGGGACGUCCAUGUGAAAGACACCACUCGCACCCACCUGCAAGUCUUUGAUCUCUUUUUUUUUUUUUUUGUUCUUUGGGAUGUUUGGUG